GAUGUGUUAAUAGAAAGCAUUAAAAAUAUAACAAGUUUACUGGCACGUCCGUAAAAAAUGGUCUCUAAAUAGUCUUAAACUAUUCCCAUGACGUGCUGUGCAGAUCGCAAUUGAAAUUUUCCAUGCUCAACCGCCGUGAAACAUGCAAUAAUGUCUAGCAGUAGUAAUGUCCCGUCUUCAUGCUAUAUCGUAGCACGAUCCGGUGCUAUAGUUUGCUCAUAUCUUUGCCAAGUGCUUUUUCUUUGGUUAACGAUUUUCCGAUCAGAUCCGUUCGCUAUUCGGCACGAGCCACCAAAACGCACCAUCCGACGUCUCGUCGAUUCGCAAUCGAUUUUCCUUCCCAUUUACCCACUUACCGUCCUUGUCGCACUCUUGCUAGCGCGCUCUCUCGCUCUCUCUCUCUCUCUCGGUCGUGCUUUCCUCUCCGCUGGAGAAAACACACCCUUUCAGCGAGAUUCACAAUCCCGCUGUUCACCUAGUUAUGUGCAUCAAACCAAACUCCACCGCGUACCCACAGGUCGGUUCACAUAUUCGCUCCAAUUCUUUUUUUGACUCCAUUUUUUCCCCAAAUUCUUAACCGUACGUACCAGUUGUGUCGCAAGGGGGGUUUGCAGUUUUGCCCUCCGAGUAGAGGAGCAUACUACUACGCAGGCGAAACACCUUCGCUGUCGAUGCUAAACAACAGCAUGCUAUGUUUGAUAACUUGAAGGCAGCCCGAACGAGUCCGCUUCAGCUGGGUGGGUGGUAUCCAUGCAUGUAAAAGCGAGAUGCAACAAUGCGAGAAAGAAGAAAAAAUCUUUACCAUUAACAUCACUCCUUAUCGUUGUCUCACUUUCUCGCUAUCGCUAUCUCGCUCAUGCCUUCUACUUCAAGCUCUUGUUUGGUUGUUGUUUUUUUUAAUUCUUGUACGCAGUAAAAGAAACCUUUCGAAUGGUGAAAAUGGCUGGAAAUCUCUCAACCCAAGCUUGUAACACUUUGCAAAUUCUUUGAAACACAAAUUUUCGGUUAAGUUUUCUUCAAUGGUUUCCACGCAUUUUCCUCUCGCUCACCUCUUGCCAUAAGCGAUGGAGGUGCCUGGUGGCGUAUAGAACAAGCACCGCCACCGGUUCGUCUGUACCCCUCCUGCGUUAACACCAAUGAAACUUUUUGGCUGUGAUGAUUCACAAGUGCCAUUUUCCAUUUCGUCUUCAACAAGUUUUACGCACUUUGCUUUGUUAUGAGGCACAGUUUUGGCAAAAUGUCGGCGUGGGUGUGAGGAGUUUUGUUUUACUCCCGGGCGUCAAGUUGUAACUUGUCGCACAUUUGAUGGAAAAUUUUGUUCCAUUGUAGUAUUGAUAACAUUACAUAAUUGGAAAUGUAUUUCGAACAGAAUCAAGCAAAACCCGGACGAACUAUGUCCUUUUAUGGGUAGCAUCACAAGUUUCGUUUGCAAAUAACGUCGUACGUUGUCUUCCCGAUUUUGCAUGCAUAAAUGCUUAUUACCACACAACUACAGCAACCAAAAACAAAACAGAACGUUAUUUGCUGGAAUUGCAAAGGUUUCGCAAUCUCGUCGCAAAAAAAAAUAAAGCAAAGCACAAAAAUCACAUUCUCAAACACGGUUUCUAUACUUGCCGUACACUCGCACAGGAAAACAAUGUUAGCAGGAAAAAGAAUGCUAAAAAACAGACACACACACCGAAGCAUUACUGCUGCCGGCAAAUGCGGAUAGCGCACAUGUUCAUGCCGUGAUCCAGAAGCAAUGAUGCGCGCGUCAAAUCGUGCGUCUUGCGUCGAUCGUUUCCGCGCGCUGAUCAUGUUUGUCGAUCGUUUUACCUCAUUACACUCGCGAACGCGAACCAAACAAACACACACACACACACCGGUGCGAUACCGGCAUUUCUUUUUUUACCCACAUUUAGGGCUGACGACAACUGAGAAUGUGGUUGUUAUUGUAAUGCAAAACAAAAAAAAAUCUACAUACACCACUUUUGCACACAUCUGUAUGAUUGGGUGUUGAUAUUUAUGUUUGACUCGUGAAAGGAAUUCCCUUUAAUCGGCAAACGGGCCGAUAAUUCUGCCGGAGAUUUGAUUAAAUCAUCCCUCGGUGGAAGACAGAAUGGACGAUGGAAGCAUACCACGGUUUGAAGGUGUGAGAGCGUGAUGGAGAGCGCACGCACCAGCACGUGCUCUUUGUGCGCUGGUGGGGAUCCAACCAAAGAUCAUAGUUGGCAGUGACGCGGUAAUUCUGGCAGCCUCUUGUCAAAAUGUCACCACUGAAGACUACACAUCUAGAGCCUUUUUAGUACCACCCAUUUGCUCUAGUUUUAAAAUAUUUUGUUUUGUUCUGUUUUGUUGUUUUUUUUCAUGUCUUUUAUUCCCAUUUCACUCUAGCGGUGGAACGAUACUGAUAUACCUGACGUAUCACAACACAUUGUACCGGUCUAUCCACAAUUUGUACGUUUGUUCGCUCGACGAAAUUGUUGGACAUUCGAUCUCGACAUCAUUUUGUUUACGUGCAUCCAAUAGCAGGCAGCAUCCGCAAACCCCGUGCUUCCGUGACUUACAACUGUGUGGUUGUGUUUGUGUGUAUGUGCGUCCGUGUGCUUGGUUUUAUUAUUAUUUUUUGCAUUCUUAUUCUACGUUCGCUCCCGGGUUUUUGGUUUGUUUAGUUUAAGCGCAGAACACACACGCUCGUUAAUAGGAUGACUGAUGAGGAAGGUGUGAAGAAUGGGACGAAAGCGAGGAAGCACGCGAGAGGAUGCGGGGAAUGGUCCCAUACAAGGGUGAAGAUAGUGGUGGGAGACUGUGUGCAAUGUCAAGCUGGUUGGUGUUGGUGGUGUGCGGGAUGGACAGUGACGCAGUGCCCCGACCGCUAAAAUCGUUUACCUACGUCAAUCGGGAACGGAAUCGCGCGCCGUUACCAUUCGUCAGUCCGCAGCGCGCGCAAAGAGAGUAGUUGGUACCGUCGCACGUGUGUGUGUGUGUGUGUACACCGCGUAGAAGAAGAAAGACGUCGAAUGGGGAGCAAACAUACCCGCACCCGCACACGUACAUGCCGUGCUGUCCCCUUCUCCCACCCCCAGCGGCACAUACAGACGGUGUUUUAGCGUGGUACGGUGAUGGGUCUUCCGCCGAAAACGCCGGAAUAAUGGAACACAUCUGCAAACGGUGAAGUUGACUACGUUUGAAACGUUGCCCAUUUUUUGACAUGCCAAGGAUUUAACGAAGCGACACAAAGCCUGGGAACUAUCGAGUAACCGAAAAUCCAAAUUUUCGUUCGCUGUAGGGCUUCACGGCCCGAACCUAACCCCCGGCGGUGAAAGUGUGCGGUACAGAAUCGAUACACCGUUAAGUACGUGGUGGAAUCAACGCCUGACAGGAGCCACCAAAAACCCCGACCGCCAUCAACCCGGGGCGGAACUAGUAGACGGGCGAGACGAGACCGAUGGGCGAAUAUGGCACACUGGACACAAACACUAUCACCAGCAGUAGCAGUGCGUCCUCACUUACGUCAAUUCUGAUGCCGAUGCCGAUGUCGAUGGCAGCAGCCCCACCCACCUCCGCAGCAGCAAUGUCGGUAACCGCUGCCGGUAAACCGACUCCAUCUUGUUCCUCCUCAAUCUCGUCGGCACCGACCGGCGGUGCGCCAUCCGUGGCAAUGGUACUGGCGGCCGCAACAGCAGCAGCGAACACCACUACAACGAACCAAAUGCCGUGCAAUCACGUCCAAACCUCAGCGUCCUCGUCGUCGGUAGAAUCUGACAGCUACCAUUUUUAUCACAAAUCCGGCGCCGGAAACGGUGGAAGUAACGGUAUGCCAGGGGUCGGCGGUACAACCGGCACCAGUUCUAGCAGUGGCCAUCAUCAUAACGGUACCGGCAGUACAGUGAAGGGCAGCGGGAGAGUUGGUACGGGUCACGAAAGUACGUCAUCAGCUGGUAUGCCACGACCGUCGGUGGUAGCCGGUGGUGGCACCGGUAAUAACAGCAGCGCGGGCGGUGGUGGUGGUGGUAGCGGACGCGUUAAGUGCAAGGAUCCGAUACGUGUCGGUUUCUAUGAAAUUGAGAAAACGAUCGGCAAGGGUAACUUUGCCGUGGUUAAACUGGCACGCCAUCGAAUUACCAAAAACGAGGUAGCAAUUAAAAUUAUUGACAAAUCCCAGCUUGAUCCUGGCAACCUGCAGAAGGUGUACCGCGAGGUUGAGAUUAUGAAGCGCUUAGACCACCCGCACGUCAUUAAAUUGUACCAGGUUAUGGAAACUCAGAGCAUGAUUUACAUAGUCUCGGAGUAUGCUAGUCAAGGUGAAAUUUUUGAUUACAUCGCAAAGUAUGGACGACUUAAUGAACGCGCAGCUAGAAAUAAGUUUUGGCAGAUCUUAUCCGCCGUAGAAUAUUGUCACAAUAAGGGAAUAGUACACAGAGAUCUUAAGGCUGAGAAUCUAUUGCUAGAUUCUAAGAUGGACAUAAAAAUAGCAGACUUUGGGUUUUCCAACUUUUACAAAAAGGGUGAACUACUUGCCACGUGGUGCGGUUCUCCACCCUAUGCUGCCCCGGAGGUGUUUGAGGGUAAGCGCUACACAGGGCCAGAAAUCGACAUAUGGUCAUUGGGAGUGGUGCUGUACGUGCUGGUAUGCGGCGCCUUGCCUUUCGACGGAUCAACGCUACAGUCGCUUCGUGAUCGCGUACUGUCUGGCCGUUUUAGGAUUCCGUUUUUCAUGAGCUCGGACUGUGAAUCGCUCAUACGGAAGAUGCUCGUACUGGAUCCUUCGCGGCGAUUCUCAAUCGACCAAAUCAAGCGACACCGUUGGAUGAUGGUGGAACUUAUCGACACGCCGAAGAUUAGCAGUAUCGUCAUUAAUGGUAAUGUCAGUGAAGUUAGUGCACUUGAGACGGAACCGAAUGAACAGAUAUUGAAGAUCAUGCAGAACUUGGGAAUUGAUAUUCUCAAAACGAGGGAGAGCCUGAAGCUUCAUAGCUACGAUCACUACACAGCUUUCUAUCUGUUACUUUUGGAAAGACUGAAAAGCCGCACGAUGUCACAUGAGAGUGGGAACGCUGUCGCCGGUUGCAUUGGUGGUGGAAAAUCGGCUAUCCAUGAAACGCAACGCCGCCGUCCGAGUAACGUUGCCGAACAGGCAAUGCGAAAACUUGCGAUCAGUACACAACACAAGGCUGACCAAUCAGGUUCCUCGCCGAAACAUCAGCAACAAAUCUCACCCGCAAUAUCAUCCGGUUUGAGUAACCAAAGUUCGGAAACGCUGCACGGUUUGCUUAGCGCACAAGUGGGCUCAGGCGUAACCGGUGGGCUUCCGACAAUGUCAACCGGUGUUAUAAUGCUGAGAGAUACGAGCAUCCGCGAGCAGCAACCGGUGCUGAAGGAUAGCUCCUACUUUCGGGGUGUAUCUUAUACAUCCAGUUCCGGUUUUACGGAUGCAUCGCUCUACCAGCUGGCAUCGUUACGGGAGCGAGAUUGUAGCUCCACAUAUCUUACUGGACCCGGUACGGUCGGGUUGCUACCCUCAUCGUUGUCAUCGAAUGUAGCCGCCACCCUGGCAGCAUCGGCAACGUCACGAGAAAGUAGCUCAAUAGUACUGCGUGAGUCGGGCAUUUUGUCCAAUCGGAUCUCCUCGACGCGGUUGCUGUCGAGCAACAUCGACAAGCGCAUUUUGCAGCAAAGUACGGAAGACUGUCGACGGUUGCUGCAGCAGGCUCGUCCCGUGUCGAUGGGUGAAUCAAACCGAUAUACGAAACCACCGUCCCAUUCACCGGUGAACAAUGAUCUCCAUCAAGCGUCUCAGCCUCAACAGUCUACGGUCACGUCGUCAAUACCCCAGUCGCAACGCUACUCGGAUCCGCUGAAUGGCUUCAGCAAGGACUAUCUAACCAACACAUCGUCCGGAACGAAUGAAACGUCGAUCACCGUACCACCGUUCAAGGAUUACAUCAACAAUAUGCAAACCUAUUCGUACCUUCAGCAUUACGAACCCAACUUGACGGUUACCAGCGCUUCAGCGAGUGGUCAUACAGUACCACAAACUACAUCCAUUACGGCACAAUACAGCUCGAGCACCGACGAAGGAUGUGAGACAGAUCUUGGAGACGAAGAUGUUCAACAAUCAAUCGACAAGUCAAUUCAGCGGCUCAAUUCUUUCGCCAGCUCUAGUUCGUCGAGUGGCGUCGUGACCAAUAUUCAUCCGAAGAGCUUAAGUCAAAAUUUGAGCUGCGAUUCAUCGCGCAGUAACUUUUCAACCUUCGAAAGCUUAGAUCUCAAUCUAUCCGAUUGUGCAGAGCUGGCGGGCAGCUUACCAUCCUGUACGGCCACAACGGAAGCGUAUGAAAGUGUAGCGAAGGAUGAAGCAUCAUUUCGUGCCGUUACGAGUGCGGCCUGUAUCAAUCAACAGCAGUGUGUGUACGCCAUGUCGGAUAAGGUGGUUAGUUCGUUCCUGCGAGCCAACACGGUGUACCAGGAUGUGCAUAAUGGUGACCAUCGCAGUAUUACCCGUUCGCCCGUUGAUUUUCGAGAGGGUCGACGUGCCAGUGAUGGGCUUGUUACCCAAGGUCUUGUGCACGCAUCGGAAAAUCCGCUCAAUUCUCCGGUAGCGUUCAAUAGCCAGCGAUUGAAUGAGACGUGCAAGGCAAAGGGUGUACUGGAGCUACAUCUGCUUCAAAAGGAAGCUGCACAGUUGAAGGUGAAGUACCAGGCAAACGUUCCACAGGAUGAGCUCAACGUGCGCCAGCUGCAGCACAGCCAGUUCCGGGUGAAUCCGCUCGAGGGGCUCAUCUUGAAAUCAUUGUCGACAUCAUCGCACGGUAGUGCGUGCCUUGAAGCUGCGAACGGUGGUAAUGCCGGCUAUUACAACAAGGUCGCCGACUACGUGGGCUUGUCGCUCGGUAUGAAGGCGGCAACGGUGGCGGCUGCAGGUGGCACCGACCAGCAGAUGGGGAAACUCGAUGCCGAACAACUAUUGCUGCGGGCAGGCGUCGCUCGCUCGGACCAGCUAAGUGCUGCCGCCGUACAGCAGCUGCAACAGAAGCCUCCGCUGCAGCAGCAGCUAAUGCAGCACCGGUUGCUGCAGCAGAAACGUCAGAUCCUGCAGAAGCAGGGUGCUAUGGAGGCGGGCCUGAGCCGCAGACAGAUGCUGCGGCAGCACAGCUAUAAGAUCGCACAGCAAACGCAAAUACUGCCACCGCUACCAUACGGUGAGAUAGCCGAAUCGGUUGACGGUUCCGGGUAUCCGACGCUGCAAUCUGUACGCGAAACAGCCAUUCUCGAAACGGAACCGACCCAAGGGUUAAAGGAUCCGCUGGAUCUUUACAGUCACCUGCACGCUCACCAUUCACAUAUGCACCAUCAGCAGCAACAGCAGCAGCAGCAACAACAACAGCAGCAACAGCACGGUAUCGGUGCAUCCCACGCCGGUGUACAUUUGACAUCUGAUCGGGGCACACUCUGCUCCUGGAGCACGUUACCGAGUUCGAUGAAAACGUGCCAAAUAAGCGAAGGAACAUCCGCCACAGACAGUCCAUGGAAUGUGGCUGCACUCUAUCACCAGAAUGUACCGCCCGGCCCGUUAUAUUCCACAUCGCAAUGGAUCACGCCGCACACGUCCUCGAUCCAGCAUUCAAUGCAACUGCCCCUGAGUGAAAGCCCCAUACCGGAGCUUGCCGAGCAGAUGGAGUCUAUUUGAGCAGUGAGUGUUUGUUUCGCGAAGGAGAGAUCGGGAGUUUUUGGUAAUAGAUCGACGUAAAUGCAAACAGCGAGUGAUUAGAUUUGUGCAUCUGCCUAGCGGGUUGGAUGAGAAAUUCUUACACGAAAAUUAAACGCUAAAAGGAUUAGGAAGUGCUUCAACAGUAUAUUUAACAAAUUGGAUAGAAAAAUCGACCUAGGACAUACAAACAUCUUGGAGUUUCUUCAAGAUAAACUGGACAAUAGCGCAAUGCGUUUGUUUUGCCUAUGGAAUGUUGUUUUACCAGCGGCACACGUUUGCUGAUUGCUACUGAAUCACUUCUUCUGGUAAUAAUACAUUUUUUGCGUGCCCAGCACAGCACAACCAUGGUAUUGCGCCAAAUUACUUUGAAACGAAACAGGCAGCAAGGCAUAUGAAUUAACUGUAACAAGUCAAAACGAGACUGGCUAACGUCAAUUUUAUGAAAUUGAAAUAACGUAAAAAAGGAAGGUGUAAUAGUAACAUUAAUUAGAACGAUACAAUAUGCAAACAAUACAAUUACAAUCAUAUACUCGCAAACAAAAAAAAACGUACACCCCAUAGAGAGGUGCGUGUUAGCACUGUUUCGGUUAUAAUGUAUUUUGAGCAAACAGGCGAUCGAGCUAAUAAACGAUUUAGCAUCCAACUAUUGUACCGCCACGAACUGUAGCUCCGCGACUGAUCAAAUUCACUAACAGGAAUUUCUCUGCGAUAGGUGCGAAUAGCAGCUAUUUAAGGCAUUUUGUAUCGUUUCGGGAAGCGGAUCUCCUUCCGGCGAGAGUAUCAGGUUAGCAGAAUCAUUUCAUCUUUAGUUUUUGGUCAGGUUUUUGCCGGAGAUGGUUGUAAAGCUAGAUGAAUCGAAUCGUUGUUUUACCACAUAAGCUGUUGGAACGUCCCGUUUAAUCAUAAAUGCGCAUGGCAGUAAUGUUCAGAAUUUACAUUGCGAUGUGAUACUACGAAUCUAGUCGAUAAAUGAUUGAUAGCGCGUGUGUUCCACUACCGUACCGGAGUGGAAAACUCCUUCUUUAUGGCCAUCACGUGCCGUACUGCUUUAGAAGCGUUCAAAUUGUAUUACAAUGCGUGUUAGUAAAUGUGGCAAUUCGUUAAGAUAAUUUAAUAAUUGUUUGUAAUGUUGAGUUGAUUUUCGUUUUAGAAAAUUUGUACAACUGCUGCCAUUGUCAUGUAAUGUUAGGUUUUAAUUUUCGAUAAGAAGUUGUGUUUUUUUUUUGUAUCGUGCAAGACGAGGAUCAGGGGCGAUUUAAUGGAGUGAAUAAUUAUGAAUAUUUUUUGUUGUUGAA